AUGGUUGAAAUCAUGCGGGCGCCGUCAUUGGGAGGGAGCUACACAAACUCCAUGGAUGUCGGAGGAAUGACUUCCAGGUUUUCGGAGACAAAGCUGGCAUCCAUUGACGAGACGGAAGCCGUCUCUGCUUCAACUCAAGAGGCGAGGAAGGAGCAGGGCAAGGAGUUCAAGAAGACCAACUAUCGAGCACCACGCCGGGCUUUUUCCACAAACGAUUACCAACUCGCCAGCCCUCUGUCCAGCCAUGCCGGCUCGGCUGUAUCUUCGCCUGCAAUGAGACCGCAUGAGCCCAAUUCCUACUUCUCUCUUGUCCCUACGAAUUCCUCAAAUACUCCUCUGUCUUCGAUACCUGGAACACCUGCAGAGUCUCCCCUUUCACCAAGCGCGAAUGUGGCGGCCUCUACCAUUCAGUCCAGACUGGCGAGCGCGGCACUACAUGCGCACCUUCCUCGGCCAGAGCUUCCUGGUCCCCAGAGAUCGUACUCGGUCAUGGACUAUGUGCCAGUACCAGUCCUACAACGGCCUGGCGAAAAGCUCCGACUGGUUCAUCUCCCGGCGGAGCUACAUUUUGCUAUUUUCGACUUCCUCGACGACAUGGACAGCGCAUGCCUCGGCCUUGCUAGCAGACACUUCUACUACAUCCACAGGCGCAUGCGUGGCACUGUUCCCCUUUCCACCCGCCGGGCCGGACCCAACGACAUGGAGUGGAUUUGGCGCCUGGCUGGGCCACUCAUUGCCAACGGCGAGAGCGAGGAGAACGCAGUCAACAGGGUUCUGCCCCGGGGCCAAGUGUACUGCCGAAAGUGCGGCGUUUCGCGGUGUGAAUUACACAAGCACAUUCAGGAGUGGAUGGGCAACGGGUAUGAAUACUGCGAGGAGCUCCCCGAGGCACCCGCACCGGUGCGGAAGACAUACAAAGCAGCAACGCACCGUCCGAUUGGUCUAGGACACCACGAGGCGCACCAGCAAACGACGGAGCAGCGCGUCAAAAGCAAUCAUGACGACGAGGGUAUGGAAUGUCGUAUAUGA